AUGCCUUCCACUGGGCUAAUACUUCUGGGUUUCCUGCCUCUCCUGCUGCUUUUGGUUCCUUGGCUGGUGGAACCUUACGCGCUCUGGGACCCUGCUGUGCUCAACGUCCGUGAAGGCGCCGAGGGCAGGACCACGCGAUGGUGCAACAUGGGAUGGUGGAAGGAAACGGAGGACUUUUCCGAAGCAGCCGAGUCGUUGGCCAAGAAGUUGCUUGAGCUGGCCAGUGACGCCGGGUACGAAGGCGGUGGCAGUGUCCUUGUCGUGCAUCUAUCCCAGCCCAACCCCCCUGGCCACCUUCACGCCCUCACUUCCCUCGCGUCAGAUACUCAAAGUUCCAAGAGCCUGGUCGAGUCAGAGCAUCCCAAGACUGCAUCUGCAGUCCAAUACUUUACCUAUUCGGCAGAGUUUCGACCUGGAAAAGACGUUGGCCAUCCGCUCGACCCCAUGCGCGGAUUUCUAGGCGAACGGUCUAGCCAGAGAUUCUUCAACACGGACGAAGAUGAAGAUGAAGACCUGUUCCCUCACCCAGAGGACCAACCUCCCACGACUGGUCCUCCCCCUUACGACCUAGUCUACAUCCUCGACUCGGCCUACCACUACCCGCCUUCCCUGUCUACCUUCCUCUCAUCCCUCCGCCCGGUCUUACGCGAAAUCAGCCUCAUAGUCUACACCGACAUUCUCCCCCCCUCCAACCUUCCUCUAUGGCAAGCAUACAUCUUGUCAUACCUCUUGUCUGUACCCACUUCUAAUGUUGCUGAUCGCCCUGCGUCGCUUGGGGCUUAUAAGGCCGAGCUGGAAGGGCAGGGAUGGGUGGAUGUGGUGGUUGAGGAUUGGACUGAGGGGGUUUUGCCAGGGUUGAGUGGUAAUUUGAGGAAGAGGGGUGGAGCUUGGAGUCUGGUCGGUAGCGUAUUGAACAGGGCUACGGGAGCGGGCUGGAGAUUUGUAGGCGUCCGAGCGAGGAAGGGUAUCCAGGGUACUCUGCGUGUAGCCUAG